GAGAGAGAGAGAGAGAGAGAGAGGUCAGUCGUGAUGAGCGGAGGUUGACUCCUGGUGACGCAAAGAGAGACCGAGCAGGGUGAAAGGAGGAGGCAGACAGAAUGGCUGCCCGGUGCCGCAGCUCCAAAUGCACCGUAGAAAGGAACGGAUUCAAGCGGGAACUCGAUACCUGGCGGCACAAACUGAUCAACUGCGUCGGGUUCGAGAGCAUUCUGGAGGGAAUCUAUGGCCCGUUGCUGCUCAGAGACCUCAAUAUUUUUGAUGACUGUGAACCCGAGGAGCUAGAGGACUGGGCAGUGAAGGCCAGUUGUUCCUUCUGCAGCCUGCUCAUCAAUGACCAUGUCCCGGUGGCCGCCUCCCCCUCAGACGACACGCCCUCCCAAGCCCCUUCCCUCUCGGACAGCAGCCUAUCAGCUCACAGGUUCCUCCAGGCUGUGUUCCAUAAGAAAGAGCUGGUGUCCAGUGGAGACCCUAACGUCCCUCUGGUGGCCCAGGAACUGAUGAAGAGGAUGGUGAGGCAGUUUGCCAUGGAGUACGCCUCCAAGACACGCCUUACCACCACCACAGGCUCCCAGCGUUCUGACCUCGACUCACCUCUAGACCUCACUCUGACACGGAACCAGGAGGAGGAACCCACACCAGCGGACAGUGUGCUCGACCUCUCCAAGCGGAACUCUGCCAGCUCGGCCUCCACGUCACCCACCAUUCACAAAGCCUCAGGGAGGCAGCAGCAGCGUUGGGGAGCAGCCGGGGCGUACCAGACCGAGGAACACCAUGCCCAGAGGUCCAGUGAGCUGUCUGUGGGGCUGCUGUCCAAGGCUCUGAGAGACGUGAGGUCUGGUCGUCUCCGAGAGAACAGAGCUGCCCUUCUCUACGGGAUCCCCCUUGGAAUCCUGCGCUCAGAGCUGGGGGAGGAUGUGACCUCGCAGGAUGUGACCUCACAGGAUGUGGCGGCGGCGCACGGCGAGGAGGUGCGGCGGGUGUUGCAGAGGGUGGCGGCCUGGGCGGAGCUGGGAGCGAGGGAGGAGAACGGAGAGAUGCUCUUUCUUCCCUCCUCUUCGUCUUGUCUGACUCAGCGUGGCCUGCAGAGGGUUUUGUCCCGGUCUCUACUCCCCCAGCUCAGAGAGGAGCUCCACCUCCGUAUCCCCCAGGUCAGAUCGCGCUCCAGGCCAGCUCCCCCUCUCCCUGAGCCUUGCAGCCUGGCUGAGCCCCUGCACUACCACCCCCAACCACACCAUGGCACCACCACCACUAAUAUCGCUGCCACCUCUUCCUCUCUGCUGAGACUUCACCGCUCCCUCCUGCCCUCCCCCGACCUGCCUGACCUCUCACCCCACCACCGCUGCUCCUCAUUGGACGAUCCUGAGGAAGGGGCGGAGCAUAGCGGGGAGAACAAGCAGUCCAGGAAGAAGCGCGGGCGCUACCGGCAGUACGACCACGACCUGCUAGAGGAGGCUGUCACCAUGGUGAUGGGGGGCAGGAUGAGCGUUUCCAAGGCCCAGGUGGUUUAUGGGAUACCUCACAGCACGCUGGAGUACAAGGUCAAAGAGCGCAACGGAACCCUGAAGAUACCGCCCAAGAGGAGGCCAGUCAUCGUCACGACUACGACCGCACGGCAACCGCCGGACUCUGCCGGGUUCCACCGACUCAGGGACUAACGCUGCCACCGACAGGUUCUAGACUACAGAACAUUCGAGUCUAGAACCGACAACACUUGAACUCCUCUCGACCUCCAACAGAACAGGAGAAUGUUUUGUGGAUCUGGGUCCAAUAUAGAUUUCAUAAAUACUUCAUAAAUUUCAUAAAUACUUGGUGCGCUUGGUUUGUUUUCGUUUGACUGGCAAUGUUUGUAGAUUUCUGGACUUCUGGUACCAUUUGUUGCCUAAUCGAGGUAAAUCGAGCACACCUCCAUCUAUUUGACCAUGUGUCCAUGCAGACCAGGUUAUAUUACCCAGGUCACUGUGUGUCCAUGCAGACCAGGUUAUAUUACCCAGGUCACUGUGUGUCCAUGCAGACCAGGUUAUAUUACCCAGGUCACUGUGUCCAUG